CUCCUUCUUACCGACGCGAUCAGCUUACAGGAAGUACCUGUGUGUGUGCGGCUGUAAUAUCUUAUGUGUCGUGUAAUCGCGCGUGUCUGUGUUGAACUGCCCCAUGACAUAUGAUUGACCUGUAACUCUUUUCAUUACAUACGGAGUUUAUUCCGGUCGUGUGAUUGUCAGUCCAGUCGCCCAGUGACCGCUGCCAUGAUGUCUGCUCGAGUGAUGAGUUGAGAGAUCCACAGGAUACACGGAGAACCCUAUGGAAAAACACUAGGCUUCUGGAGUACUACAGAACUUUUUUUUUCUUCCUUUUACCAUAUACAAACAUAUAAAUUGACCAGAACAGACUUAGAAAUGAAGUCGGACUGCAGGCCGCGGUGACCGAGUCAAUGAUCAGAUUGUGGGUCCAUACGAUUAUAUUUUUCCUGCAGUGAUUUUUCGGGAUUUGAAGUGUCGGGAAGAUGAGCGGACAGCCGCCGCCGAGGCGACACACUAAUGCAGGCUCCAGGCUGCUCUCAGGACCGGAGAACGAGACGCUGUUUGCUCACCUGGGCAAAAAAUGCACUACUUUGUCUUCCGCCGUGGUGCAGGUGUAUGCAGCAGAUGGAAACUCAUCCUGGACCAAAAGAUGCUGUGGUGUGGCCUGCCUGGUGAAAGACAACCCUCGGCGGUCGUACUAUAUCAGGGUUUUAGAUAUCAAAGAUGGCCGAACCUUGUUUGAUCAGGAGCUCUACACCAACUUUGUGAUGAACUCUUCCAGACCCUACUUCAUGAGCUUUCCAGGAGAUAACUGUCAGAUUGGACUCAACUUUUCAGAUGAGCAAGAGGCCAAGCAUUUCAGAGUGACGAUCAACGAGCUGACGUCAAGAAGAAACCGGAAAACCGAAAGAAGAGCUGAGCCACCAAAUGUUGCAGAACCUUCACUGCCGAUGGCAACGGUGGACAUCAGGAACCCUGAGAUCAACACCCGUUAUAACAACAAUUAUCAAGGGAACAACAACAUCCCCAGCAACUUCAAAAGAGACAAGGCCAAAGGCAAAAACAAAAAGAAGAAAAUCACAAAGUCUGAAAUUGGCUUACCCAGCAACUUCCGGCAUGUUGGACAUGUAGGCUGGGAUCCCAACACAGGAUUUGAUGUUAAUAAUCUAGACCCAGAACUGAAGAACCUGUUUGACAUUUGUGGUAUUUCUGAAGUCCAUCUAAAGGACAAGGAGACGUCAAAGGCCAUCUAUGAUUUUAUUGAGAAAAAAGGAGGAGUCGAGGCUGUAAAGAGCGAGUUUCGAAGACAAGCCCCUCCCCCUCCUCCCUCACGAGGUGGUCCUCCCCCACCUCCACCCCCGUCCCGUGGACGAGGAGCACCGCCUCCUCCACCUCCCUUCAGAGCUCCUGCUUCUGCACCUCCUCCUCCUCCUCCUUCCAGACCAGGCAUGGGAGUCCCACCACCUCCUCUCCCAAACAGAGGCCCCCUACCACCUCCACCUAUGCCUGCCUCCAUGGCUCCACAGGCUCCACCUCCUCCACCUCCCCCUCCCUCUGCCGGAGGAGCAGCUCCACCUCCUCCUCCUCCUCCUCCACCUCCACCCCCGGGACCACCUCCACUCAAUUCUGCUCUCCCCGGAUCGGGUUCAGAGGGAAGGUCUGCGCUCCUGGAGCAGAUCAGAGAGGGGACGCCGUUGAAGAAACCCGAACAAGGGAACAAGACAGUAACAGACAGUGGUGGGCGAGGUGCACUUUUAGACCAAAUUCGACAGGGCAUCCAGCUCAAAACAGUAACAGAUGGUCCUGAGCCUGCACAAGCAGCUCCUGCCCCCACAGCAGGAAUAGUGGGAGCUUUGAUGGAGGUGAUGCAGAAGAGGAGCAAAGCCAUCCACUCUUCAGAUGAAGAUGAUGAUGAAGACGAGGACGACUUUGAGGACGAGGAAGAGUGGGAAGACUAACAGCACUUUCUCCCUCCCGCUGAUCACACUAAAGUGACACUAAGCUGUUUUCAGUCUCUAAAUUGUACUUUGAUUGUAAUGUCCAUGGCUCUCUCUUUACUUUUCUCUUCAUCUGUGUAAUACCUCAUUCCAUCGGAAAAGGUUUGCCGUGUUUUAUUUUACUCAAGGUUUCUUUUUCUUCCUUUUCUUUCCUUUUUUUUUGUCCACAGACAAGAAGUCAAAGGAACAAGGUUGGACCAGUCUUUCCAGCUUUGUACUAGACACAGGAACACUAUUUUCAUACAGCGUUCUCUUGUACCUCACAUUUUCUAUAUACAGAUUCUAGUGUGCUGUCAUUAUUUUCUUAAAAGUUUGAAUUGUACAUUUUUUACAUACAUUAAAAUUGAAAUCUGCUAUGUGAAGAGAGAGUAAUAACACAGAGAUAUGCAAAAUAACAUUAUCAUGCUUGAGGAUUUCUUCCAAGAUCAGUGGCUAUAGCAAUUGGACUUUAUGGUUCUGGUUCUCUUUCCUUUUUGUUUUUUAAAUUGACCAGAGAUCCAGAAAUAUUUUAUUUCUGAUAUUCUGAGAGUUGUUGCUUUAUUUUAGUCAACUUAGUAAUCAUAUAUUUAAAAAAUAAACUAAAUGCAAACUGCCUUAAAACUUUCUUUUGUCAUGCUAAUGACACAUGCUGUGAUGCUUUACUAAUUUCUCAUCGAGAUCCGUCAUUAACCUGACCCCAGGCUGAAUGCAAUCUUUUUACCUUGUUUUGUCUGAGAUUUGUGUUUGUAUCAGGAAACAGUGGAAAUUGGAAGAGAUGAGAUUUAUUAAAUUGUGCACUCGAAUAAAUGUCGAUAUUUACAGUC